AUGAAGAACCCAGUCAAGCAAAUCCGAUUCCCAGCGCUCGAGGAGAUCCUCAACUAUAUACAGGACGUCGCAGAGACCUCUAACAGAUGGAUCAACUGGCAGAUCAUCCGCGGCAAGCGACAUAUAUGGUGGGAGACAGACUGGGAAGUCCUAUCUCGCUGGGCGCAAUCGAUCAUCGAAACAGAAGAGCGUUUGCGCGAAAUCACCCAACGCGAAAACUUCCUCAAGAAGUAUAUCCAUAAAUACCACGCCGGCUCCGAAUCAGCCAAAGCCGCUCUACCGGAUUUUAUCGAAGAGCUGAUAGCCCUGGACCACGAGUAUGUGCGUCUCGAGCGGAUAUACGACACCCUCCUCGCGGGUUGUCCCGUGGGACCUAUCAAGAGUGGAUAUGAGUGGAUUCGGAAGGAGCCGCAGUGGUAUCUCAAGAACAGAUCAUGGCCAUGCUCGCUCAGAUUCACCCUUCCCUUCAUCCACCUCUCAACUAUGGAGAACGACACUCACCAAGAUGAGACCAUUUGGGCUCCAGGGACAGUCAGGCUAGAAGAUAUCCACCAAUCUAGAGACCAACUGGUCCUAUUCCCCACCCCAUCAGCCGACCCCAACGAUCCCCUUAAUUGGUCCAAAGCUCGCAAAGCCCUCAACUUCACCCUAGUCAGCUUCUUCGUGCUAUGGACCUUCGUACAACUCGACAUUGGCUUCACAGCAUGGGGCCCAAUGGGAAACGAGCUCAACUUCACAGUCGACAUACUAAACGCCAACGCAGCCACCAACUACGGCGGUCUCGCCGUAGGCUGCAUAUUCUUCAUGCCCCUAGUCCACAAAUACGGCCGACGACCAAUCUACAUACUCAGCGUAGCCCUACAGUUCGCCGCAUGCAUCUGGCAAGCGAAAAUGACCACCAUCGGCGAUCUAAUGGGCAGCGGCGCGAUAUCCGGCAUCGGCGGCGCAAUCAGUGAGAUCGUCGUGCAAAUUACCAUCGCAGACAUGUUCUUCGUGCACCAGCACGCCACCAUGAACGGCUGGUACGUCAUUGUCCAAUCUGCAGGUGCCUUCCUUGGUCCCGUGGCAUCGGGAUACAUCGUGGUGGCACAAGGGUGGAGGUGGAUGUGGUGGUGGUGUGUGAUUUUCUUCGGGGUCACACUACUCUGUGUGAUAUUCCUUUUCGAGGAAUCGAAAUACGUCCCCAUUAUGGAUGGUCGCGAGGUUACCGCAGAUACACAACACACAGGUGACCUGUCCAAAUCACACAAAGAUGGCGACGUAGCAGAUGCAAAGAGCGCUGAUGAGACGGUCGCUAGUCGCGUACAUACCAACCCGAAUAUUCAGAUGAAGACCUAUUUCCAGCGCAUGGCCUUGGUAACCCCCACUGACGAAGCGCUGUGGCCGCAUUUCUAUCAGCCUAUCGUGGCGCUCUUUACCUUCCCGGCGGUUUCGUAUGCGGCUAUCACGUAUGGUUCUGUGCUGAGCUGGUUCGCGAUCAUGACGUCGCUACAGGCGUCUUACAUGAUUAUACCGCCUUACAACUUCGAUGCUAUUGGGGUUGGGCUGAUGAACGUGGCUCCAUUUGUUGGGGCUCUUCUUGGUUUCCCCUUUGGUGGACAUUUGAGCGAUAAAUCUAUUCUGUGGUUAUCCAAGCGCAAUGGCGGUAUUUACGAACCGGAGAUGCGUCUUUGGCUUGCUCUACCUAUUGCCAUUAUUGGCCCUGGGGGAAUACUUAUGUUCGGGUUGGGUCUUGCCUAUGGUGCGCACUGGGCUCUUCUCGCCGUUGGAUUCGGCUUCUUUGGAUUUUCUCUUGCGUCUAUUAGUGGCAUCACGCUUUCGUAUCUCAUGGACUGCUACCAAGACAUUAUUGGUGACGCAUUAAUCGGAGUCAUUUUUAUGCGGAACAUCUUCUCGGUGAUUGUACUGUUUGCGCUAACGCCUUGGGUCAAUGGGAUGGGCAUGCGAGACUUGCAUAUUCUGCUUGCAAUGCUCGCUUUUCUAACUCUGUUGAUCCCUAUCCCACUUCUGCUCUGGGGUAAGAAGGCUAGGAUUGCCACGGCGCCGAGUUAUAGGAAAAUGGCGGCAAAUCAGCUUAGCCAUCGGACUCUUUAG